AUGACAAUUCAGGCAAAUGAUCACGGGCCGCCUCAAAAUAAGUUAGGAUAUAAAUUGUUGGUUAACUGUCUACGGGAACAUGGAAACGAUAUUGCAUCGAAAAUCACUCAAAUGCGCGAUAAAGAUAUGAUUGAAGAAGGGAUUCAGGUUUUCGAAUCAAUAGGUCAAAAAGAACUUGAGCCCAUUCAAUCUAGAGAAAUAGAAACACAUAAAGUUUCUAGUUUUCCGUCAUCCGUCAAUAAGGAACUAUUUUCGAAAUUGAAAGAACUUAACAACAAAACUAAAUAA